UGAAAUAUCACUCUUAUUUUUUGUGUUGAUAUAGGUGUCUUUGGAUGUAGUGCACCUGCACAGCUGAAAUACAGUGUCCAGUGACAAUAAGUACAAGUCGAUGUAGCGUCAACAUGGCAGAACAUUUACUUAGAUCAUUUAAAAAUGUCCUUUUCUGUUUUACCAGUUAAUAGUGAUAUGCAGGUUUCAUAACACCAAAUGUUUCAUAUGAAACAUAGCACCCAUUUACUUCAUUUAAGUCUGCCACAUUCAGAGCAAUUCUGGAAGAUGAAUAUGAAUAGUCAUAUUAUUCUUUGUACAGACUAAGCAAGGCCUCAAUCACCUGAACCUCUGAACUGUUGUAUCUGAUCUGACAAAUUUGAGUUCUGGCACUUGUCAUAUCCGUUUGAUUAUAAUCUAAACAUGGACUUCAAGAACAUUAUAUGGCACUGACGCAGACACUAGUUUUAACUACUCAUAUAACAUUGUUUUGUUUUAUAGUUUAUGUUAUUACGUGGAAUAGUGUACAAUUUAUCAUUCCAAAAACAGACACAAUUCAGGGUUACACUAAUUUUGUAAAUGAUGUAACCCAGCUGUAGCGAUAUUGGUUUUAUUGUCAGCGGUGCCCUCGGUGCCCAUGUGCCUCUUGCCCUCUGGCAGUUUGGGAAGAUGAUCCAGUGCACCCAGCCCAAAGUCAACCCCUUCAUCUACAAUGAUUAUGGCUGUUGGUGUGGCCUCGGGGGAUCUGGUCAGCCCAAAGAUGACAUCGACAUGUGCUGCCAAGUUCAUGACCGCUGUUAUGCCGCCAGUAGGAAGCUACCAGAGUGCAGGCCCAUAAUUGACGUGCCAUACAUCAAAGUGUAUGACUUUACCUGUUCCACACAACAAGUCAGCUGCUCAGCCUCCAAUGACGCAUGCCAGGCUGCUGUGUGUGAAUGUGACCGUAUCGCUGCCCACUGCUUUGCCCGAUAUGCAGCCACCUACAACUCUGACUACAAGAACCUUGCACCCAAAGUUCACUGCCUUAACUGAGGUCUUCACAAAUGUGCUUGUGUCAACAAAAUGUGUACUGACCUGAAAACAAUAAAAAAAUGUUGAAUUCUU